AUGGUCUGCGAGGACUUCUACGCCGAGGUGAUCGUUGAGGUGCUCGAGGCGACCACCGAGUGCUACACGGACAUCGCGGACGAGAGUGCGGGCGUUCGCGCUGUCACUGUCACGUCUCGGCCCGUCCUCGACAUCGACCCGACCGCCGUCAUCGCCGCUCGAGUCGACCCAGCGUUCGACCCGGCCAUGUGUGCGCGAGAAGCCCUACGCGGCGCUCUUCGGGCUCGUCCCCGCAUCGAGGACGGGCUCUCAGCUCUCAUGAAGGGCGGCGGGCCGUGUCCGGAGAAGGCCCGCGUCGCCAUCUCCGGCAUGCCGGCAGCCCACUUCACCAUCGCCUCCUCGGUCGCUGCCGCUUCCCUCGCAGUACGAGGUCGGCGUACCGUGUGCGCGUACCUGCUCGAAGGCCUACAACCGCACCGCGGCGGCUUGUCGCAGGCGACCACCGAGUGCUACACGGACAUCGCGGACGAGAGUGCGGGCGUUCGCGCUGUCACUGUCACGUCUCGGCCCGUCCUCGACAUCGACCCGACCGCCGUCAUCGCCGCUCCAGUCGACCCGGCGUUGGACCCGGCCAUGCCUAUCCUCCUCGCCAUCGCCUGCGGCGCCUCCUGGCCGACCGCGGCGAGCGGAAAGGGGGCGACGUGCUGUGCAGAAUACUUCAACAUGGCUGCUCGAAACCACUCUCUCUUCAGCAUUUUCCGGCAGCACUACAUGCGUUUGCUCGACUUCGAGACGUUCGGCGGCUUCGGGGACGGCGUCCGCAGAAUUCUUCGGCAGGCGGCGGACCAGCUGAGUAACAAACUUUCGCACGCUCAGCACCUCGAUGAGGUCACAUGGACCACCAAGAACUGGCACGGGCUGCAGAUGCAGCGCUUGUCUGUCGUCCUCCACACCGCCGUGGCGUGGCAGACGGUGAACGAGCUAGCGUGCGGGGACAGCGGCAUUGUGCACGGAGCUAAGUGCAUUGCCGUUCUUAACGGAGUCGCUUAG